CGGGGCGGAGCAUGGGCUCGCCUGCCUGCGCGGUGCAUUCUGGGAAGUGUAGUUCUCUUGUCCUGAAGGAGGGCGGCGGAGGCGGAGAGGGAGAAAAGAGCGCAGCUAGGCUUUCUUCUUCUCCCAGAGGCCUUUCAUUCCGGUCGGCGGGGCUGAAGAAGGAGGCGGCAGAAUGGCGCGGCAGGGAGCCGGGGGGCGCCGAGGGCAAGAAAAUGAGCUCGGAGCUCUUCACUCUGACCUACGGGGCCCUGGUCACUCAGCUGUGUAAAGACUAUGAGAAUGAUGAAGAUGUCAAUAAGCAGCUUGACAAAAUGGGCUACAACAUAGGCAUUCGACUUGUUGAAGACUUCCUGGCCCGAUCCAAUGUAGGGAGGUGCCACGAUUUCCGAGAAACUGCUGAUGUCAUUGCAAAGGUGGCGUUUAAAAUGUAUUUGGGUAUUACACCAAGCAUCACAAACUGGAGUCCAGCUGGUGAUGAAUUCUCCCUCAUCCUGGAAAAUAACCCACUGGUGGACUUUGUGGAGUUGCCUGACAAUCACUCGUCUCUCAUUUAUUCUAUCCUCUUGUGUGGAGUGCUUCGGGGAGCCUUGGAAAUGGUUCAGAUGGCUGUGGAUGUCAAAUUUGUCCAGGACACACUGAAAGGCGACGGAGUCACAGAAAUAAGGAUGAAAUUUAUAAGGCGGAUUGAAGACAAUCUCCCUGUAGGAGAAGAGUGAGUCCCAGAGCAGCCCUCUAUCUCCUGAACUGGAAAGGAUGAGCCAGUACCCAACUGACUGGUUAAGAUGAUGAUCUACUUUAUUCCCUUAGGAAGCAGCUGUUUGAAUUGUUCUCUGUUAUUUCCACAGAUUUGUAUUAAAGACCUUUGUAAGAUGUAGGACACUUUUCAUACUCAUCAGAGACACAUGUACUCAUUUCUAUUUUCCAUAUUUGGCUCCAUGCAAAUGUACAGGAUAUUAAAACCUUGCAGUUUUGAAAGUGGUUUUCAGAACUGGAUCCCAGCUGAAGGUGAUCCUCUUGUCUAGCAACAUAUGAAAAGCAUCAGCGUUGCUUCUUGCCCUUUCCUGAUCAUAGGAAUUAGGGGCCAGAACCCAAAUAUAUAUCGUUUCGGAGUAGAUAGAUAUUCCUUAAUAGUGAAAAAAAAUGCAGCAUAUACAAGCUGAAGUUGUUAGUGGAUCAUGUUCUUGUUUGUUGUUAAGAAAACCAUAUGCUUUAUAAAGGUAAACAUCUAUCACAAAAGAAGAGUGCUGCUUAUUAAACGGUCACUAUAUGAAUAAUUUUCUUUGGUCAUAUCCCAGUUAGAUGCGUGAAUUUGUUGAAGAGAGAGGAUUGCCAUGAUGGUACUUUGGAGUCCUGACUAGUUAAAGAGUUGGGCAAAGUAGUAUAGCACACUGGGGAUGCACUGUUCAUGGUUUCUCUGUUUAACUAGUGUCAGAGAAAGCUCUCUGUCCAUAAUAAUCUGAGGAUAUUUUGCUUGCAGCGGCUUUGAUUUAUAUAAUUCUGGACGAGAGUUAAAUACAAGCAAGUGUUCUGAUAGAUUCAGGCAACUAGGGCUUCUGAGUUGUUGGCUCAUAUGCCAAGAGGAUACCACUAAGCUGUAUGCUGUCCUGAGAGGCAUGGUAAGGGGGGAAAAUACUGUGUUAGUCAGGCUUGUGUGAUUGUAUCAGUGUGCUAAGGCUUUGUGUAUUGAAUCAAUGCAUGGAUAUUGGAGAACCCUCUAGACUUUUUAAACAGGGAAAAUGAAUAUUGGAAUGCACUCAUGAAGUAAGUAUGAGGCUCAGAUUUCAUUCCACUGACUAUGUAUAGAUAGAAGAUCCCAUCUGUGUAUAUCAUAAAGCCUAAACCUCUCAUUAAGCAAUAUAAUUACUAUUAAACCUAGCAGAUAAUUCUCUGUGAAAAUGUAGAGGUUUUGUUCAGCUGAUGUAUACUGAACUCGUUUCUUAGAAAUUUCCACCUUCCUUCAAGUGACACAAUUGGUAAAAGCUACACUCUUUUGGAGUAACGGCAUGUCUUAGGUUCAAGCUAACACUUGUGCUCAGCAUAAUGCUGAAUUUGGAACCAUCAGAAAUCAAGUAGAAGAGUGUAAAGGAUAGAUUUUAGAUGUAGACACACCAAAUGCCUGGUGUAAGAGCUGCAGGCCAUUGCCAUAAUUAGGCUGAGCCUCAAGUUGGAGGAAGGUACUGUAGACCUGUGUGUGUUGUGCAGUACCAAUGCAGCUUACUUGACAUACGUAAGAAUGGAAUUUGAAUUGUCUUUGAGGCCUUUUCUCAAUAGCAUGUUAAUGACACUUGCUUAGUUAUUUUUAUGGUUCUUCCCACCUGAAUUUGGCUCCAGAUGGGUAAGGUAAAUCCUAUUCUGCCCUGGACUUCACUUUCAGCAUGACUGUGGAGUUAGUAGCAAAGAAAGCAGAGGCGUGGAAUUGCUCUGCAUUGCAAGAGCACUUAUCAAAAGCUGGCGCAUCUCAUGUCACAGUUCUAUCUUCUUCAAUGAAAAUUCAGCAUUCCUGUUCCCAAAGACAUCAUUCCUUUGUUUGGGGGAAGGAUCCAGUGUCCCCAAAUAUCUUUUUUUAACGUUGUUUCCUGUAUGAUAUUUCAACAGAUGCACUGAGUGAUAACAGAUGGGUGAAUGGGUAUAAUUUAAAUGUUUUUGUCAUUCAUGUAUGUUGCAUUUGUAAAGCUUUUGAAGGCAACAUUUUGGAACUUACAUUAAAGAUACUGUAACUGAC